CCCUUAUCUUUCUUUCAUUGUCCUUCUUCCCUCAAGUCUAAGGCAGAGGAAAAUUAUAUUGUUUCCCUCUGCCUUACACCGCGAUAUGGCGUUCGAAGAUUUUGAUCUCGUAUCAGAAAGGCGAAAAGCCAAUGCGAAACAACACCUUAAGAAAAAGAUUUUGAUCGGUGUAACUUCUGUUGUUCUCAUAGCAUGUGUUAUAGCAGCUGUAACAUUUGUCAUUGUCAAAAGAUCAGGACCAGAUCAUAAUAAUAAUGAUAAGAAACCAGUUCAAAACGCACCGCCAGAACCCGAGCGUGUUGAUAAAUACUCGAGGCUUGUGACAAUGUUGUGCAGCCACUCAGAAUACAAGGAAAAAUGUGUAACCACACUUAAAGAGGCAUUGAAAAAAGACCCUAAAUUGAAAGAACCAAAGGGUCUUCUAAUGGUUUUCAUGCUAGUUGCCAAGAAUGAAAUUAACAACGCAUUCAACAAAACCGCGAACUUGAAAUUCGCUUCCAAGGAAGAAAAGGGAGCUUAUGAAGAUUGUAAACAGUUGUUUGAGGAUGCUAAAGAAGAAAUGGGAUUCUCGAUCACUGAAGUCGGGCAACUUGAUAUUAGCAAACUAGCUUCAAAAGAAGCUGAGUUGAACAACUGGCUUAGUGCUGUUAUAUCUUACCAGGACACUUGUUCUGACGGUUUCCCGGAAGGAGAAUUGAAGAAAAAGAUGGAGAUGAUAUUUGCUGAAUCAAGGCAACUUCUGAGCAACUCCCUCGCUGUUGUUUCACAGGUUUCUCAAAUUGUUAAUGCAUUUCAAGGUGGACUUUCAGGAUUCAAAUUACCUUGGGGUAAAUCAGAUGCACAUGCUCCCGCUCCCGAUGCUGAUACUGAUGCUGUUGCGGACGACGAUGAGGAUCUUGCUGAUGCUCCUGAUGGUGCUCCCGAUGCUGAUCAGCCGAUUUUUGAAGCUCCCAUUGGUGCUCCUGGUGCUGCACCCAUUGGUGCUCCCCGUGUUGACGCUCCUCCUUCUUGGGCUGCCCCAGCCGUUGACUUGCCUGGAUCAACUGAGAAACCUACACCUAAUGUCACUGUUGCUAAAGAUGGUAGUGGAGAUUUCAAAACCAUCUCUGAAGCUUUGGCUGCUAUUCCACAAACCUACAAAGGAAGGUAUGUUGUUUAUGUUAAGGAAGGAGUAUACGAUGAGACGGUUACAGUGACAAAGAAAAUGGUGAACCUUACCAUGUAUGGUGAUGGUGGUUUAAAGAGUAUCAUAACCGGCAACAAAAACUUCGUUGAUGGAGUCAGAACUUUCCAAACUGCAUCAUUUGUGGUACUUGGAGAUGGAUUCGUAGGCCGGGACAUGGGAUUUAGAAACACAGCCGGUGCAAUAAAGGAACAAGCCGUGGCCGCCAGAGUCCAAGCAGAUUGCUCCAUAUUCGUCAACUGCAACUUCGAAGGUUACCAAGACACACUAUACGCACAAACCCACAGACAAUUCUACCGCGACUGUGUCAUUUCUGGCACAAUCGAUUUCAUCUUCGGCCAUGCCUCCGCAGUCUUCCAAAACUGCCAAUUGGUUCUUAGAAAGCCACUUGACAACCAAAAAAACAUCAUUACAGCGAAUGGAAGAAUCGACUCAAAAUCAAACACCGCAUUCGUCUUACAAAAAUGUGUCAUCAAGGGUGAGGAUGACCUACCUUCAACAACCAAGAACUACAUUGGAAGACCAUGGAAGGAAUAUUCAAGGACAAUUAUCAUGGAAUCUGACAUUCCUGCAUUGAUUCAACCUGAAGGUUGGUUACCUUGGGAAGGUGAUUUUGCACUAAAAACAUUGUAUUAUGGUGAGUAUGACAAUGUUGGAGCUGGUGCUAAGACUGAUGCUAGAGUUAAGUGGAUCGGACGCAAAGAUAUUAAGAGGGGAGAGGCUCUUACUUAUACUGUUGAACCAUUCUUGGAUGGGUCAUGGAUUAAUGGUACUGGUGUGCCUGCUCAUUUGGGAUUGUACAAUUGAUUUGAUGAUCUUUUCUGCAUGUAGCACUUUCAUGUGUGCAACUUGAGUUCAAUAAUGCUUGAAUCAACCAUUUAUAUUCAUCGACAACUC